GACGAUUCGGUUUUUACCAUAGCGAGAGACGUCUUUUAUAUAGAACUCAAUAUCCCAUCGUCCCUUGCGUGACACUGUUGCUUUUCUUCCCGUGGUGCAUUGUUUUUUCUAAAGCUGAAGCAGCUGUGCUGAUAUCCUUGGCGGUACUGGAUAGGGAUCUGCUGGUGAUAUGGUGAUUAUGAAACCCGACAUUAACUAAGAUUAUGGAUGAAUUUUGCAGCUCACAUGUGAGCACGUCUGCAAAUAUCACGCAGCACAUAAAUAUUCCGGAUGUGCCUUCUUCAGAAAAUAAAUGCGCUGUUUCUCCUGACGCUAAAUCUGCAACAAGCCCUAGUGCUUUAAAAAAGCAAAAUGUCAGCCCAAGCACUGUAUUAAAAGAACCUCAUUCAAGCCCACGCGACAGGAGGAGAUCUUUACGGCGCUCAAGUGCAAAGAAACGUCGCAGAUCUCUGCCUCCUCUUUAUUACAACACAACUGGUCUUAGUGAUGCCAUCAGCUUAGAACUUCCUGAGUGUGACCGGCUGUCUGAGCUUAUUCAGUCCUGUUUUCAGUUCUCUGUGAAAAAACUUGAAGAUUCCUUAAAAUACACUGAUGGUUUUGACCAAGAUUCAUUUAGUGCAAAAGUUGUGACGAUUACACAGAAAGUAAAACGCUUCACAGAAAAAUUGUCUCGUGAUGGAACUUUAAAGAAGUGUACUGAAAAAUCCACUUGUGUUGAGCCAAAUCCAGAAACUGAGGCUUUAGAGACACAGAUGAAAGAACACAUUUCAAAAUUUUCCACAGAGUGUGAAAACUGGGAUCAGCUUUUAGAGGAUUACAAGGCAAAAGCUGAAGAGAUAUCCAGGCAGCUUGAGGAAUCCAAAACCACGCAAGUUCCAACUACCAGUGAAUGUUAUAUACAGACUUCUCAGGAUAAGGUUAUUCACAGCAAGCCUGAUUAUAGACGAAUAUUAAACCAGCAGGGGGAAGUAUUUGACUGUAUGGAAAUUGUGUUGGAUGAACUCCAGGAAUCGAUCCAGUUGCUGAAUUCCUUUUUAGGAGAUAGCUCUCAGCACUUGCAGAAAAUGUCAGCACAACUUAAUUCCAGAUCUUUCAAGCACCUGGAAGAUUCUCCUUUUCGGAAAUUUCUCAGAAUGCCACAAAAAUAAAAUCUUACGAGUUGAUAUUUGUCCGACUUAGUGUAGCAGCUUACCGAUCCCCCGCCCCUAAACUUUAUUUGUAUGUAAUGUAAAUAUUAUUGUGUACGUUAAUAAUUUUAACUGCUUUUGUGUAUUUUAAACUUAUGAAUAAACUUGGUAUAAUAAUCA